UGUCUCACCAAAAAAAGAACGAAAUUACGACUGAUGCUCUAUGGCUUAUGCGGAAACGGGCCCGGCGUACUGGGAGGUGGUUUUUUAUUAGUCAAUGAUACCCGGCAACUCUACCAGUACCUUUGCGCCCAUGCGUGCUGAAGCAAGUGUGACCUGGGGAUUCCAUUCACCUCAACACUCAAUCCAUGCCUCCUGUUACUACACGGGCACUCAGUCGGUACCCCGAAUGCUCAGAGACGAGGGCCGAGUCCAUGGACAGGGGAAAUUUUGCCACCCCCUCGACGAUAAAUGUCCGCUCCUCGCCAGACCUUGGACUUUCAAACUUAGUUUCAAGUUAAAUGCAAGGUUCAACAUCGUGACUCUUAAUCGAGCAAGACAGACCUCUACUUCGCCGUUGAAGCCGCGUUCUUUCGUCUGUCGCUUGUACUCCCCCCUUGGGAGUGCUCGCGAAAGCUUGGGUCUUAAAGUGGCUGCCCAGAAUCAGACUCUCCCUGGCCCUAUUUAUCAUUCAGUCGAUCUUCCAUACCCUGCCGUUAGGGCCAUCGUUGGCCAACACUUCUACUUUUCCGUUUACCCCCGUUUCUGGGCCUGGUAUAUUGUUGGCGCCUUCUAUGACAUAGCGGGCAACGAGCUCUGGCACACCGAGAUAUUCCUAACUCACCGUGACAGCAGAGAGUACGGUCUUGAGUCUGUCCUCCUAGACAACCGUCUGAGUCAGGGCCAGUUUGCUCUCACCGGAAAUACCACCGGCCCAAGCAACGAUAUUACGGUAUUCAACACCCAAGCCUACGAAAACAUUUCCAACGAAUUAUACGGUUAUAAUCCACCCUUUAUCCCUCCAUCAAGCACACAAGGAAUCUCUCUUCCUGUCAGCCACUCUCGCCACAAUCAUACCUCCCGCCUUACCCCUGAGCAACACGGUUAUCCAUACCCUGCUUGGCCUCAUCAUCCUCUUCCAGUAGUGGGAACAUACGGAUACUGGGCUCCUCGUUGGCAUCCACAUUUUGGCUGGGUCAAUACAUUCAACCACCACCAACUGCCAGAAUGACGCACUUUGUCCCUCCUUCAAGCGGCAAUAAUCCCAGAUGGGGCCGCGAUGGGGGCUC